UCCUUCUAGCUGAUAUUUACAUAAGAUAAUCCAAAUAUGGGAAAGAAAGGCAGGGCUAGAAAAGGAGUGUGUCAGUGUGACAACGCCCUUGAGUUGCAACAGAGAGCUCUUAAGAGAAGCAUGUACUGUCGGACUACAAAUAUAGUUUAACUACCCCUGCCAAGACCAGGCCAGAAAAUGUUAUAUUUGAAAUAAGAAGUUUUUCUAUUGUUUAGAAGUUCAUGCUUACUUUGAUGUGUUCUCUUCUGGUUUGCAGAAAGUAGGUAAAACUACUAGAUAGAAUGACUUCUGGUCAGGUUGUUUGUGAAACUCCUGUAAGAAGGAUUGCUAUCUUUGGAGGAACUCAUGGAAAUGAGUUAUCGGGGGUAUUUCUGGUUAAACACUGGCAAGAAAACGGAACCGAAAUUCAGAGAACAGGCCUGGAAGUAAAUCCGUUUAUUACCAACCCCAGAGCUGUGGAGAAAUGUACUAGAUAUAUUGACUGUGACCUGAACCGGGUUUUUGACCUUGAAAAUCUUUGCAAGAAGGAGGCAGAAAAUUUACCAUAUGAAGUCAGAAGGGCUCAAGAAAUAAACCAUUUAUUUGGUCCAAAAGGUAGCGAAGAUGCCUACGAUCUUAUUUUUGACCUUCACAACACUACUUCUAACACAGGAUGCACAAUUAUUCUUGAAAACUCCAAGAAUGACUUCAUAAUUCAGAUGGUUCAUUAUAUUCAGAAUUCUUUGGCACCACUGCCCUGCUAUGUUUACCUGAUUGAACAUCCUUCACUGAAGUAUGCAACAACUCGCUCUAUAGCAAAAUAUCCUGUUGGUAUUGAAGUUGGUCCCCAGCCUCAAGGAGUUCUUAGAGCUGAUAUUUUGGAUCAAAUGAGGAAAAUAAUCAAACAUGCCCUUGAUUUUGUUCAGCACUUCAAUGAAGGAAGAGAAUUUCCUCCAUGCACUAUUGAAGUCUACAAAUUAAUUGAGAAAGUUGAUUUUCCUCGGAAUAAAAAGGGUGAAAUCACAGCUCUCAUCCAUCACAGCCUCCAGGAUCAAGACUGGAAGCCAUUGAAUCCUGGGGACCCUAUGUUUUUAACUCUUGAUGGAAAGACCAUUCCUUUUGAUGGAGACUGUGUGGUUUACCCAGUAUUUGUAAAUGAGGCUGCAUAUUAUGAAAAGAAAGAAGCUUUUGCAAAAUCUCUCAAAGUAACACUUAAUGCCCAAGGUAUCAAAUCCUCCUGCAUUAAAUGAAAUUAUUUUAAAAGUUCACAUGUUCCUUUUCAAAGGUAAAAUGAUACAGUAGUCCAUUUAUUCAUUUUAGCUUGAAUUUUAGUAA